CGUAAUUUACAACUUUACCCUCAAAACUCUAUUUUUUUUUUGCUCCGUCCGUCGUUCACCGUUCCCAACAGCAGCUAACACCUCGCUUCUUUCUCCGGUUGUUCGCUAAUUAGAAUCCGGCAAGCUUCCUUCUUCUCAUGACCCUUCUGAGUUAUUUACACUGUACUCCCUCAAAGUCUUUUCCUUUUCGAGUUUUUCGCUAUCAUUUGAUUAGUGCACACAAGCUGUUCGAUGGAAGUUCCCAAAGAAACGCGACAACCUACAUUAACCAUUCAAUCAGCGAAUCCUUACGUAGAGGCUCUCCUUCGCAAGCACUUGCGAUCUUCAGUAAGAAUCUCCAUCUGGGGUUAUCUGGUUGUAACAUUAUAAACGAGGUCACUUUUUGUCUAGCUCUCAAAGCAUGUCGUGGAGACACGAAACUUGGUUGCCAAGUCCACGGGUUCUCGAUAGCCUCUGGUUUCACUUCCUUCGUCUGCGUUUCAAACGCUGUGAUGGGAAUGUACCGUAAAGCUGGUCGGUUUGACAAUGCUUUGUGCAUAUUUGAGAGUCUGGUUGAUCCUGAUGUUGUCUCUUGGAACACUAUACUCUCUGGGUUCGAUGAAGAUCAAGUUGCUAUGAGUUUUGUUGUUAAGAUGAGAUCUGCUGGAGUGGUUUUCGAUGCGUUUACUUACUCCACGGCUCUUUCCUUCUGUGUGGGGUUUGAAGGGUUUGGUUUAGGAUUGCAGUUGCAUUCCAUUGUGGUGAAAACAGGUCUGGAGAGUGAUGUUGUGGUUGGGAACUCGUUUAUAACAAUGUACUCGCGUGGUGGGAGUUUCAGAGAUGCUAGGAGAGUCUUUGAUGAGAAGGUGGUUAAGGAUAUGAUUACAUGGAACUCUCUAUUGUCGGGACUUUCUCAAGGAGGUAAUCUCGGGUUUGAGGCGGUGCUUGUGUUCAGGGAGAUGAUGAGAGAAGGUGUGGAGCUUGACCACGUGUCUUUUACCAGCGUGAUCACGACUUGUUGCCACGAAAAUGAUCUGAAGAUAGCUAGGCAAAUCCAUGGUCUGUGCUUAAAAAGAGGCUAUGCGACACUUGUUUCCGUUGGUAAUAUGCUGAUGACGAGUUACUGGAAGUGUGGGGUCGUAGAAGCUGCGAGAUCAUUGUUUCACGAAAUGAGCGAGAGGAAUGUUAUCUCUUGGACAACGAUGAUCUCCGCGAAUAAAGACGACGCUGUGUUCAUUUUUCAUAAGAUGAGGUUAGAUGGAGUGCUCCCUAACGAGGUCACGUUUAUUGGUUUAAUCAACGCUGUUAAGUGCAAUGAGCAAAUCAAAGAAGGGGUCAAGAUUCACGGUAUAUGCAUCAAGACUGGCUUUGCUUCGAAACCGUCUAUUGGCAACAGUUUCAUCACAAUGUACGCCAAGUUCGAGGCGUUGGAAGAUGCCAAGAAGGCGUUUGAUGAGAUAAAUGUCAAGGAGAUUAUCUCCUGGAACGCUAUGAUCUCUGGAUUUGCUCAAAACGGAUUCUCGCUCGAAGCACUCAAGAUGUUCUUAUCAGCAGCAGCGGAAGCAACUCCGAAUGAAUACACUUUCGGAAGUGUGUUAAACGCGAUAGCUUCCGCGGAGAACAUAUCUCUGAGGCAUGGUCAGCGUUGCCAUGCUCAUAUACUGAAGCUGGGUUUUAACAGCUGUCCCGUUGUUUCGAGCGCGCUUCUCGAUAUGUACGCCAAGCGUGGGAGCAUCGAUGAGUCAGAGAAAGUCUUUGACGAGAUGUCUGAAAAGAACCAGUUUGUUUGGACAUCGAUAAUAUCAGCUUACUCAAGCCACGGGGAUUUUAAAUCAGUGAUGAACUCGUUCCAAGAGAUGGUUAGCGAGAACAUAGCACCGGACCUGAUCACGUUUCUCUCUGUGUUGACAGCUUGUAAUAGAAAAGGUAUGGUGGACAAAGGGUAUGAGAUUUUCAGCUCGAUGACUAAAGACUACAGCCUUGAGCCGUCACAUGAGCAUUACUCGUGUAUGGUCGACAUGCUUGGCCGAGCUGGGAGAUUGAAAGAAGCGGAGGAGCUUAUGAGUGAGGUUCCUGGAGGACCGGGAGUGUCGAUGCUGCAGAGCAUGCUGGGGUCUUGUAGGCUGCACGGGGACUCGAAAAUGGGAGAGAAAGUGGCUGAGCUUGUUAUGGAGAUGGAACCGAAGUUGUCUGGUUCUUAUGUUCAGAUGUAUAACAUCCAUGCAGAGAUGGGACAGUGGGAAAAAGCUGCGGAGAUUAGGAGGAAGAUGAGGAAGAGAGAGGUGAAGAAAGAAAUAGGAACCAGCUGGGUUGAUUUUAUUGGCAGUGAUGGUUCUUUGACGACGAUAGGUUUCUCUUCAGGUGAUAAGUCUCAUUCGAAAUCUGAUGAGAUUUAUAGAAUGGUGGAAACUCUUGGUUUGGAGAUGGAUUUGGAGGAGGAGGUUGCACGUUCAGGGCUUUUAUUCAGAGUUGUUUAAAGAACGUUGAAGUUGAAAUCAAAAUCUAGAAACGUUAGUUGUAGGAACACACUGAGUGUGAGUAUACAUGAUUGAUUAUAUUUGUUU